GCCGCCUCUUCAAUGGGCAACCUGCUCGGCGGGGUCAGCUUCCGCGAGCCCACCACCGUGGAGGACUGCGACUCCACCUGGCAGACCGACUCGGAGCCCGAGCCCGAGCAGCCGGGGCCGGCGGGCGGUGGCGAGGGCCAGGAGCACGACGAACCGGAGCAGCCCGAGCAGCCUCCCGAGAGAGCCGGAGGGCGGCCCCGAGCCAGCCCCGUGCCCGAGGACCAUGCCGAGGCGGGGGGCGCCGAGCAGGGUGGUGAUCCCACAGAAGCCACUACCAAACCAAAGAGGAGCUUCUAUGCUGCGAGGGAUUUGUACAAAUACCGACAUCAGUACCCACAGAACUUCAAAGAUAUCCGAUAUCAAAAUGACUUGAGCAACCUUCGCUUUUAUAAGAAUAAAAUUCCGUUUAAGCCAGAUGGUGUUUACAUUGAAGAGGUUCUAAAUAAAUGGAAAGGAGACUAUGAGAAGCUGGAACACAACCACACUUACAUUCAGUGGCUCUUUCCCCUGAGAGAACAAGGCUUGAACUUUUAUGCUAAAGAGUUAACUACAUAUGAAAUUGAGGAAUUCAAAAAAACAAAAGAAGCAAUCAGAAGAUUCCUCUUGGCUUAUAAAAUGAUGCUAGAAUUUUUUGGAAUAAAGCUGAUUGAUAAAACUGGAAAUGUUGCUCGGGCUCUAAAUUGGCAAGAAAGAUUUCAACAUCUGAAUGAGUCCCAGCACAACUACUUAAGAAUUACACGGAUUCUGAAAAGCCUUGGUGAGCUUGGGUACGAGAGUUUUAAAUCUCCUCUCGUAAAAUUUAUUCUCCACGAGGCUCUGGUGGAGAACACUAUUCCCAAUAUUAGGCAGAGUGCUCUGGAGUAUUUUGUUUAUACAAUUAGAGACAGAAGAGAGAGGAGAAAGCUCCUGCGCUUUGCCCAAAAACAUUACACCCCGUCAGAGAAUUUCAUCUGGGGGCCGCCUAGAAAAGAACAGCCAGAGCGAAGCAAAGCCCAGAAAAUGCCCACUCUGCCCACUUCGGGUUCGAACAGUCAAACUUCUGUGCACAAGAAAUCCAAGGACUCCAAAAAUUCCUCAGUAGCUAUUCACCCAAAUAGCAAAACUGUGGAAGAAAAAAAGGGACCGUCUAGAGAGGCUGGGGAGGAGACCAGCAAGCCAAGCCCAGAGUCCCACAGUGAAGAUGCCACACCAGGAAACCCAGAGAAAGACGAUGUUGCUGAAGAGUCAGAGUCUCCACCCGAGAAAACAGUUACUGAUGCCGCGGGGAAAGGGGAGUGUCCAACUUCCUCUGAAAACGCCAGAGAGGGGGAAAACCAGAGCAAAGACUUGGAAAAUCCUGAAAACACCAGUUGCCACGAUGAGGUGGUGUCCCAGUGAAUUGUCACAAACCCACACAUCAGUUCCGGUGAAAGAAGUGAAAAACUACUGUCUAAUUUAUCCUGAGGAACAGAGAUGAGGUCACGUUUGAAAUGUUAGCCAUCUGUGACUCUUACCGUCAGCCCUGUGUUCUUGUUUUUAUUUUGGAUGAUGGUGAAACUGGAUAUUUAAUAAGAAGUUUUUAAGACCAGAUCCAAUAAAAGAGUAUAUUUAGGA